AUGCCCACCAUGUGGCUUUCAGACAACCAAAAAAUUGGUGUCAUCUUUUGUUCUGCAGGGGGCCUGUUUCUGUUCGGAGGCGUUCUGAUGUUCUUUGAUCGUUCGCUGCUCGCGAUGGGAAACGUCCUUUUCCUCAUCGGCUUGACGUUGAUCAUUGGCUUUGAACGGACAUUCGCCUUCUUCUCGCGCCGCCAAAAACUCAAGGGCACUGCCGCCUUCGCAGCAGGCAUCCUCCUCAUCCUGUUUCGCUGGCCACUGACAGGUUUCCUCAUCGAAUUAUACGGUCUCUUCAUCCUCUUCGGCGAUUUCCUCGUAACAAUCGGUCAGUUCGCAGGAAAUAUCCCGGUCGUCGGUCCUUAUAUCAAGACGGCACUGGAAACCUUGGCAGGUGGGAGACGGAACGCAGAGCUCCCGGUAUAA